AUGAGAGGAUUUACAAAAUUAUUUUUAGUCUUCACAAUUUUUGCUUUACUCUUUGUAGUUUUCACUCCAAGCACACAAGCAAAUGAUGUAACUACCACCAAUUUAGAAAGUGAUGGUUACACAGAAGCUGAAGCCAAAUUAAUUGAAGAAAAAGGUGAAAAAUUCACAUUCCAAACAGAAGUUAACAAACUUAUGAACAUUAUCAUCAACUCAUUAUAUUCAAAGAAAGAAAUCUUUUUAAGAGAAUUAAUUUCAAACGCCUCAGAUGCCUUAGAUAAAAUUAGAUUUUUAGGCUUAACCAAUCCAAGUUUAUUAGGCGAAGGUGAACAAUCUAAAUUAGAUGUUCAUAUCAAGAUUGAUAAAGAAAACAAUGUUCUCCAUAUUACUGAUAAAGGUGUUGGUAUGACUAAAGACGAAUUAAUCAAGAAUUUAGGUACCAUUGCCCAAUCAGGCACUAAAGAAUUUAUUCAAAAAGUUAGCGAAUCAUCAGACUCAUCAAACUUAAUUGGUCAAUUUGGUGUUGGUUUUUAUUCAUUAUUUUUAGUUGCCGACUCUGUUGUUGUCACCUCAAAGAGUAACGACGAUGAUCAAUACAUCUGGACCUCAGAUUCACAAUCACAAUUCACCAUCGCUAAAGAUCCAAAAGGUAACACUCUUGGUAGAGGUACUCGUAUUUCACUCCAUAUCAAAGAAGACUCUAAAGAAUUCUUAGAACAACAAACCAUUCGUGAACUCGUCAAGAAAUACAGUCAAUUCAUCAACUUCCCAAUCUUUUUAUACACCUCUGAAGAAAUUGAAGUUCCAGUCGAAGAAAAAGAACCAGAAACUAAACCAGAAACCACCAAUGACGAAGAAACCACCACCACUGAAGAAGAUGAAGAUGCUGCUGAAGAAAAAGAACCAGCUACUGAAAAGAAAACUGUUUACAAAUGGGAAGAAUUAAACGAUGCCAAACCAUUAUGGAUGAAAUCACAAUCUGAAAUCAGCAAGGAAGAAUACACUGAAUUCUUUAGAUCACUCUCAAAGAACCAAGAAACCCCAAUUACCUACACUCACUUCAGAACUGAAACCGACCCAAUUAUUCGUUCCAUCCUCUACAUCCCAGAAAACCCACCAUCAAAUAUGUUUGAUUUAGACGCUGUCUCAUCUGGUCUUAAACUUUUUGUUCGUCGUGUUUUCAUCACUGAUAACCUCAAAGAUUUAGUUCCAAACUGGCUUCGUUUCCUCAUUGGUGUCAUUGACUCUGAUGAUUUACCAUUAAAUGUAUCUCGUGAAAUUUUACAACAAAGCAAAAUUCUCGACUCUAUUAAAAAAGCUGUUGUCUCUAAAUUCAUUCAAAUGGUUAAAAGUUUAGCUGAAGAUGAAGAUAAAACCAACUUCCACAACUUUUUCAAGAAAUUCGGUUCAAAUGUUAAAUUAGGCAUCAUCGAAGAUAGCAAAAACAAGAAUAGAUUAAUCAAAUACCUUUUAUUCCCAUCAAACAAAAACGAAUUCACCUCAUUCGAAGACUACGUUUCACGUAUGAAAGAAGGCCAAGACCAAAUCUACUUUAUCUCUGGUAAAUCAAAGGAAUCAGUUGAAGCCUCACCAUUAAUCGAACAAGCCAUCAAAAAAGGUUAUGAAGUUUUAUAUUUUGUUGAUGCCAUUGAUGAAUAUUUAAUUCCACAAUUAGAUAAAUAUGACGAUAAAUACAAAUUCACCAAUUUAGCUCGUGAUGGUGUUAAAUUCGACGAAACCGCCGAAGAAGAAGAAUCACGUAAACAAACCGCCGAAGAAUUCAAACCACUUACUGAUUUCCUUAAAAAGACUCUUUCAGAUAAGGUCGAAAAAGUUACCAUUUCAAAAGUUUUAGCUGACUCACCAUCAAUUUUAGUUUCAAACGCUUGGGGUUUCACCGGUAAUAUGGAACGUAUCAUGAAAGCUCAAGCUCAUGGUCAAACCCAACCACAAUUCAAUCCAAAGAAAAUUAUGGAAAUUAAUCCAUCACAUCAAUUAAUCAAACAACUCUUAUCUAGAUUAGUAGAGUUUGGUGAACAAGAUGAAGUCGUUAAAAUUUCUGCUAAUGUUCUUUAUGAAACCUCUGCCUUAACUGCUGGUUACUCUAUUGAAAACCCAACUAGUUUCGCCGAUUGGAUUUACAAAAUUAUGUUAAUCAGUGGAGAACAAAUCGCUAAAGCUGAUUACCAAUCACCACAACAAACCAAUACUGGUCCACAAGUUUCAUUUGAUGGUAACAACGAAAUGUUUAACCAACCAGGUGAAUUCGAAUAUAAAGCUGAACCAGAAACCCAAGAAGAAUCAGUCCAAGAAGAAAAAUCAUCAAAACAUGAUGAAUUAUAAAAUAUAAAUAAAUAAUAAAUAAAAUAAAUAAUAAUUAUUAUUUUUUUUUUUUAAUGU